UCCACUCAAGUCACCGAUUUGAGCACAAUGACAUCUCCACAGUCUGUUUUCUAUUUGAUGUUUUUGUUCUUUGGGGAAAUGGCUCAGAGGAGUCAUCAGUCCUCGUCUGUUCAUCAAGAGAGCAGUUUUAUAUCCGCUAAUGUUGGGGAGAAUAUAACUUUGAAAUGUGUCUACAAAGAUGAAGUGGUAGCAAGGUUUUACUGGUAUAAGCAAACACUCGGACAGAAGCCGAGGCUCAUUUCUAGCUUCUAUUCAUAUGAUAAAAAUGGCACUUUCUAUGAUGAAUGUCAGAACAAUCCACGAUUCACACUGGAUACAGGAAAAGCUCAAAAUCAUUUGAACAUAAGAAAUCUGCAGAUCUCAGACUCAGCUACUUAUUUCUGUGCGAGUAGCUAUUCGGUAAGUUUUUCAUUUGCAGAAGGCAUCACUCUCAGCGUUAAAGGAUCGGGUUUGAACCUCCAGCCUUUAGUCCAACAGUCUGCACCUGAGACCAUCCAGCCAGGAGGCUCUGUGACUCUGAACUGUACAGUACACACUGGGACCUGUGAUGGAGAACACAGUGUUUACUGGUUCAAAGACACUGAAGAACCUCAUUCAGGACUCAUUUACACCAAUGAAGGGAGGAAUGAUGAGUGUGAGAGGAAACCAAAGACAAAUACAAACACCUGUGUUUACAACUUCCCACUGAAGAACCUGAAUGUUUCUCAUGCUGGGACCUACUACUGUGCUGUUGCCUCAUGUGGAUACAUGAUUUUUGGAAACGGGACCAAGCUGGACUUGGAGAAUGAUGUGGACUCCUUUGCCUUGAGAGGAGCUUUUGCAUUCACAACCAUCCUGAGUAUAUUACUAGUUCCCAGUUUGUGUGUGAUCAUCAGGGUAAAUAGCUGCGUCUGUCCAGAAUCUCAUGCAAGGUUUAGAGAUUUCUUCAAUAAAGAUGAAAAGGAUUGCCAACAUAUUUUAACGGAGAAGACCGAUAACACCUGGAGUGAAUGUGUGUACUUUCACUUAAAGCAGUAAAACUGAAAAUGUUUGAUUUUUGUCUUUGUAUAAUAGAACAGAC